AUGAAAAGUGUGGAACAGUUAUUUCCUCAAUUUGAAAUAGUUAAUAUACUUAAAUAAAACUCAUUCAAGAAGUCCCUCAUAGUUAAAAGAAGUGGUCAUUAUUACAUGUUGAGGAUAUUCACAUUGGAAAACAUUCCUAAAGAUAGAGUGUAAAUGAUAAUUAAAAUGUUAACAAAAUUAUCUAAUACAAAGAACCCAUAUAUUGUGAAGUUUUAUGAAGCUUCUUUGGACUAAGAGAUGAAUUAUUUAGGGUAUUAGCUUAAUUCGAAUUAUUAGAAUAGUAAGUGAUUAUUUAGAUAAAUAAUAUGAAUAUCCUAUGAAAGAGGGAGAUAUUUGGAAGGCAAUAUAAGAAGUACCACAUCAGCAUAAUUCAUUUAGAUUUCUUAAGGCUUAUAAUAAAUACAUCCGAAAAGGAUUCAUGGGAAAUUGUUAUUAUCAAAUGUGUUUUAAGGUCCAACCAACACUAUUUUAGGAGAGAUGAACAUCCUCUAUUAUUUACAUAAGAACAAUUAUAAUGAUAGUUAUUUAUUGGCACCUGAAUUCAUUCGAACAUAAAUAUAUGAUCAUAAAUCAGAUAUUUGGAUGAUGGGAUAUAUGAUGUAUUAAAUGAUGUUUAAGGAUCCACUUAUUAUUGCAAAUAAUUUAGAUGUUUUACAUAAAAAAAUACUUAAAGGAAUACACAUUACGUACAAUCCAAAUUAUAGUCUUAAUUUAAAUAAUUUACUAAGAUUAAUGUUGGGUUAUGAUCCUGAACUCAGACCUAAUAUUGAACAAAUCUUAUUCUAUUGUUAAUAAGCAUAACUUUCUUUAGAAGAAAUUAAUAUGAAUAGAAUUUUACCAAAAUUCAAGGCAGAUAAAUUAGUAUUACACAAAAAGAGAAUCGAAAAAAAACAUUAAACUAUUGAGAAUAUUGUUUAUUUAAGUUAAGACCAUUACAAAUAACCAUAUUUUCCACCAUCUAAAGUUAGAAAAUAAAAUAAAUAAUCUAAAUAAAUUACCAUACCUAAUGAUUAUCAUUAUCCUUAAAAAACUAUGUAUUCAAUGUCACUUCCAAAAGUAUUGAAUUAUGAAUUUAGUAAAUUAAAAAUUAAAGAUAGUCUUGAUUAAUUUGAUAUGUAUAUAAAUUAUCAUCAUAUUUUAUAGGUUAUAAACUAAAACUCAUAUUCAGAAACUCAAAAUGGAUAAUCUCAUCUAAAUCCAAAAAAAUAUUGUACAAACUACAUAAAGAAAGACUCAUAAUUAAAUGUUGUUUUUUCAAGAGGAUCAGUUCAACAAAUAAAAAAGUUAAAGACUAUUUUAUUGA